AUCAGCCAAUUUCGCCUAUGGGACAUUUCGCCUACGGGACAUUUCGCCUGUAAAUUCGAUUCGAAUCCUAAAUAACGCUGAUACUAAGGGUAAUCAAUCCUAUGAGAAUUAUUUCACUGAUGUUUUGCCUGAAGUGGGGCACAACGCUCCGUUGCGCGCCCGUGAAAGAUAACGCGAGUUAGUCACCACAACAUUCUCAAGCCGAAUGCUAACGGCUGCGCUUAUUGGUCCGCUACGUGAUCCACAGAUGAAUUACAAAACGCAGCUUCGAAGCUGCGUUUUCUAUUUCACAUACACAUUCACCUCCGUGGUUCAGUAUAGCCAACGGAGCUUUACACAGUGGCCACCCGUAACAUGUUGAAGAGUUUUAAGUUUAUUAGCUAAUUUACUAAUAAAUGUGAUUGAGUAUUAAUCUGCAUUACUAAUUUAUUGAGUAUUUAUCUGCAUUACUAAAUGCUGCUAUUAGUAACUGACUAUUAGUGACUGACUAAUUGCUAAUUUAGUAAUUACUAUAAGCUAUUGCUAUUAGUAAUUUAUGAUGUAGUUUAGAUUGCGUUACUGCCUAAUUCUUAAUACAUUAAUUAAUUACGCUAAUUAAAUUAGUGAAGUUACAUUGAGUAAACGGCAUUACAUUGAUCAGUUAAGUGAUAAAUUAACAAUCACCCUCAAGCAUUCGGAUUAAUGUGAGCCUGUGACCCUGCAGUACAAUUCAUUUUUGUGUAUGCAGGCUUAAAGCACGAUUCAUUUAGCAGUCAGUGCUUGCGCUUUAUCUGGUGAUCCACAGCUUAUUACUGGCCCAACGCAUUCUCGUUUUUUGCUAUGUGUCAUCCUUCGGUGACGCAUACAGAAUUCACAUUUUAUUGCGCGAUAUCGUACUCGAAAAGAUAAGUAUAGGAUUGAUUAGGCCUACCAAAAGCGUUUUCUUAUGGUUUCUCAUUUUUUUCUUAUAUUUCUUGUUUUCUUAGGUUUUCUUAUGUUGCUUAGGUUUUCUUAGGUUUCUUGGGUUUCCUUACGUUUCUUAGGUUUUCUUAGGUUUCUCAGAUUUCUUAGGUUUUUUUUAGGUUUCUUAGGUUUUCUUUGGUUUCUUAGGUGUGUUAUUUAUGAUUCGAAUUUCGAAACAAAUGUUAGGCGAAAUGUCCUUUAGGCGAAAUGUCCUUUAGGCGAAAUGUCCUUUAGGCGAAAUGUCCCGUAGGCGAAAUGGGUGGCAGCCCCAUGAUCAAUGUAUGCACCAUAUGCACUACGAAGUUGCACUGUGCGUUGGAUUCGAUCACUGAUUGUAAAUUCGAGGAACAUCGGCUCUGAUUUGAAAAGCUCGCUGAAACUGAAAACGAGUGGAGCGGGAGAGGCUGGAAUCCGGAAGAAGAAAAAGAAGACGAUCCCAUCGAAUGAUGAAUCUUCAAAUGCUCCAAAUUCGCAUGAAGACAUUCAGAUGAAAAAGACGUUGUCCGAUAAACCUUCCAAAGCAUCCUCAAAGACACCAGCGGAAUUAAAAUUCCAAGAGAUGCAGGAAAAGCGUCAGGUGGAGAGGAUUAUGAAGAAAGCGGAGAAGACUCAUAAACAACGAGUGGAAGAAUUCAACAAGCACCUUGAUGCUUUAUCAGAACACUACGAUAUCCCGAAAGUCAGUUGGACGAAAUAGUUCUCGAUGUUGGAAACUUGGACAUUUUUGUAGAAUAAAAUGGUCAAGUAGAACAGCUUGUCCAUUUCAGCGUUGAAUAGAAAUAAGUUCAGUUACGCUGCCGCAGUAAUCAAACUUAUAGAUUUGCAUUGAUGGCCAUUUGAUGACUCGUCGCUGUGCGGCUUCUCAGCUUCUGUCAGAUUUGUCGCUUUUUUCUGUAUUUGGAGUCUGGACUUAGCGUACUCGUAUAAGAACUUAAAUUUCGAGAAUAAAAUACUUCUUUA